AUGAGCCAAGAGAGGAAAGACCAUCAACUUCAACGAAGGAAGAAACUAGCCGAAAUCCAGAAGCUUGUGGUAGAAUACCGUGGAAUUAUCAUUGAUGCUAUAACUACUGAAGACCUUGUAAAUUUGUCUCCAGGCCAUGAGCUGCUGGAGGCCAGCAGGAGGGACGGACAGGUCAUGCUUUCCGGACUACCCAUUGGUGGACUCAGCGUGGCCAACUCCUUGCCCUUGGUGGACAUGCGGUCUUUGGCCCUGCCUUCUCCCUGCGCCCCCAUCUGGUGUCUGCGCUAUAAGUAUCCCGGACCAGAGGACUCCCUCCAGAAGUUCGCUGCGCCUUUCACAAAGAGUUUUCCGCAGCCCCAGGACGGUGCCCGCGCCCGCCGGGAGCAGCAGUUGCACCAGGUGGCAUCCGGGGUGGUGUCAGUGAAAAGCAGCCUGAGGAAGAUGCUGCUUUCCAGGGAGAAGGAGCGCCAAGGCGCACUGUAUGAGGGCGUGGGGGACCGCAUGGAUGACUCCAAGCACUCCUUCAAGGUGAAUCUUGAAAGAAGUACAUGUAAAUUACAGAAUUUCAUCAAGAAGAAAUGCAGACCAAAUGUAUGUGAUGAUAUGAAUGCCACUCCUUUGCAUUAUGCUGCAGCAGAAGGUCAAGUGGAGCUGAUGGAGAUGAUCAUCAAUGACUCCUGCUGUGAUGUAUUGAAUGUGAAGGACAACUAUGGAAACACCCCUCUGUACUGGGCUGCAGAAAAAAACCAGGUCAAAAGCAUUCAGUUCCUUCUCAUCAGAGGUGCAAACCCCAACCUCCGAAACAACAACAUGAUGGCACCACUCCACGCAGCUGUGCAGUGCUGCCACAAUGAGGUGAUGAAGGUCUUGAUUGAGCACAGAAGUACUAAUAUUAAUUUGGAAGGAGAAAAUGGAAACACAGCUGUGGUCAUCGCAUGCUGCAAAGAUAAUAGUGAAGCUCUGCAAAUUUUGCUAGAUAAAGGAGCUAAGCCUUGCGUACCAAAUAAACUGGGAUGUUUCCCUAUCCACCAGGCUGCAUUUUCAGGUGCUAAAAAAUGCAUGGAAAUAAUAUUAAGUUUUGGUGAAAAACAAGGGUAUAGCCGACAGUCUCACAUUAAUUUUGUUAGUAAUGGGAAACACAGCCCUCUCCACAUGGCUGUUCAAAGUGGAGACUUGGAAAUGAUUAAAAUGUGCCUGGACAAUGGUGCACAGAUAGAGCUGAUGGAGAAUAGGAAGUGCACAGCCCUUCAUUUUGCUGCCACCCAAGGAGCCACGGAUAUUGUUAAAUUGAUGGUAUCUUCCUAUUCUGGUGACUCUGAUAUUAUUAAUGUGUUGGAUGGAAAUCAGGAGACACUACUUCACAGAGCUUCAUUGUUUGAUCACCAUGAACUUGCAGAAUAUUUAAUUUCAAUGGGAGCAGAUAUUAAUAGCAUUGAUUCUGAAGGACGUUCUCCGCUUCUGUUAGCAACUGCCUCUGCAUCUUGGAAUAUUGUGAAUUUGCUACUCUCGAAAGGUGCCCAUGUAAACAUAAAAGAUUAUCUUGGACGUAAUUUUUUGCAUUUGACUGUACAGCAACCCUGUGGAUUAAAAAAUUUGCAACUUGAGUUUAUGCAGAUGCAACAUAUUAAAGAGUUGGUCAUGGAUGAAGACAACAAUGGCUGUACCCCUCUACAUUAUGCUUGUAGACAGGGAGUUCCUGUCUCGGUAAAUAACCUACUUCACUUCGAUGUGUCCAUUCAUUCCAAAAGCAAAGAUAAGAAAUCACCCCUGCAUUUUGCAGCCAGUUACGGACGUAUCAAUACCUGCCAGAGGCUCCUACAAGAUAUAACUGAUAUGAGGCUUUUGAAUGAAGGUGACAUUCAUGGAAUGACUCCUCUCCAUCUGGCAGCCAAAAAUGGACAUGAUAAAGUUGUUCAUCUUCUCCUGAAAAAAGGCGCGCUAUUUCUAAGUGACUAUUAUGGCUGGACUGCUUUGCAUCAUGCUUCCCUGGGUGGGUACACACAGACCAUGAAGGUCAUUCUGGAUACCAAUUUGAAGUGCACAGAUCAGCUGGAUGAAGAAGGGAACACUGCGCUUCACUUUGCCGCAAGGGAAGGCCAUGCCAAAGCUGUUGCACUUCUUUUGAGCCACAAUGCUGAUAUUGUCCUGAACAGGCAGGAUGCCUCCUUUUUGCAUGUUGCAAUUCACAACAAAAGAAAGGAUGUGGUUCUUACUACCAUCAGGAGUAAAAGAUGGGAAGCAUGUUUUAAGACAUUUAAUCACUAUUCUCAAAGUAAUAAAUGUCCUGUCAUGGAAAUGGUGGAAUAUCUCCCAGAAUGCAUGAAAGUACUUCUAGAUUUGUGCAUGCUACACUCCACAGAUGACAAGUCAUGCCGGGACUACCAUAUCGAGUAUAAUUUUAAGUAUCUUCAAUGUCCACUAGAAUUCACCAGAAAAUCUACUCCUUUAAAGAACGUCAUGUACGAGCCUCUUACAACACUCAAUGUCAUGGUACGACAUAACCGCAUAGAACUUCUCAACCAUCCUGUUUGUAAAGAAUAUUUAUGUAUGAAAUGGCUGGCUUAUGGGUUUAAAGCCCAUAUAAUGAAUUUGGGAUCUUAUUGUCUUGGUCUCAUACCUAUGACUUUGCUUGUUAUCAACAUAAAGCCAGGAAUGGGUUUCAACUCAACUGGAAUCAUCAAUGAAACAAGAAAUCAUUCAGAAAUGUUAGACACCAAGAAUUCCUACGCUAUAAAAGUCUGUAUGAUAUUAGUUUUUUUAUCAAGUAUACUUGGAUAUUGCAAAGAAAUAGCCCAAAUUUUCCAACAGAAAAUGAAUUACUUUGGGGAUUAUAGCAAUGGAGCUGAAUGGAUUAUCUAUACAACCAGCAUCAUUUUCGUGUUGCCCUUGUUCAUUAGUAUACCAGCUUAUGUGCAGUGGCAGUGUGGAGCAAUUUCUAUAUUCUUCUAUUGGAUGAACUUCUUAUUGUAUCUUCAGAGAUUUGAAAGUUGUGGAAUUUUCAUUGUUAUGUUGCAAGUAAUUAUGAAAACCUUGUUGAGGUCCACAGUUGUUUUUAUUUUCCUUCUUAUGGCAUUUGGACUCAGCUUCUAUGUUCUUCUGAGUUUACAGGAUGCCUUCAGCAAUCCAUUGCUUUCUAUCAUCCAGACCUUCAGCAUGAUGCUUGGGGAUAUCAAUUAUCGUGAUUCGUUUCUAGAGCCCUUUUUGAGGAAUGAAUUAACAUACCCAGUUCUAUCCUUUGUACAACUCAUUACCUUCACAAUGUUCGUUCCUAUUGUCCUCAUGAAUUUGCUUAUUGGUUUGGCAGUUGGUGACAUUGCUGAGGUACAGAAACAUGCAUCAUUGAAGCGGAUGGCUAUGCAGGUGAAACUUCAUACCAGCUUAGAGAAGAAGCUGCCACUCUGCUUCCUCCGCAAAGUGGAUCGGCAGAGCAUCAUUGUGUAUCCCAACAGACCCAGAUACCAUGGGGGAGUGAUAUAUAUAUUUCAAUAUAUCUUCUCCAUGCAAGAAGCAAAACAAGAAAUACCAAAUGCUGAUACAUCUUUAGAAACAGAAAUAUUGAAGCAAAAAUACCGGCUAAAAGAUCUCACUUCUCUUCUGGAAAAACAGCAUGAGCUUAUUAAACUUAUCAUUCAGAAGAUGGAGAUCAUCUCAGAGACGGAGGACGAAGAUGACCACACUUCUUAUCAAGACAAGUUUAAAAAAGAGCAGCUAGAACAAAAGAAUAGCAAAUGGAAUUCAGUGUUGAAAGCGGUAAAGACACAGGGAGCUUAUCAUUAG